GAGAUGGGUUUACUAGUGAAUUUAACAAAACGAGUUUUCUACAUAGCUUGCACCAGUUCUGCUAAUUUUACAGGGAGACAGUGUUAUAGGUGAGGACUUUUUUUUAAGGUACAAGUAGUUUUCUGUUAAAUUGACAAGCGGAAUUCUUUCUUGAAUAGUACGUAUCUAUCUUUGAAAGUGUGGGAUAAGACGUUUUAGUAGACGGUGAACAGUGCUGUUUCACAGCAUACUGUUUGAAAUGUAAACACCCAUAGCGAAGGCUCCCCUUUGAACUGCCUCUGUGAAUCCAGUGCUGGCAAAAAUAACCAUUAGUGCUUGCCCAGAGUUUAAGAAGAAAGAGGCUUUGAAUGCUGUAAAGUUCCAUUAAAACAGAGCUCUGACUCUGUGUCGAGCAUUAUAAGCUUAUGCUGAUGCUGUCUGUCUGGGAGCCACUGGGCUGUUUCCCGGCUCCCACAACUUGGCUGGGGGUUGCCUUGAACAUUGAUAGGGUAGGCCAAUGUGCACACGAGUUGUUGUCAGCUUUCAAAGGUUAAAAAGUCACCUCGACUGCGAGCGUGUGAUACAGAGUUGGAAACACUUGAAAAGAAUUGCCUAGGUUGAGAAGACCAAGUUUAAUGUAAAUGCCAAAUAACCAGCAUCCCUUCUAUUUAAAGAAGAAACCAAAUAAAAUGCACGCCACUGGGCACCGUCUGCUAAAAUCUCCAGUCAACAACAGUGAGAGCUCCUUUUUAGCAAGACUCUGAAGCAGCUGGGAGGUCUGUGCAUGAGAGGACAGCACUAAUGACGAAGCCGGCAGUGCAGGGCUGAUGCACCUGUACGGAGAUCUGGAAGAGACAAAUGCACGUUGAUCAUGCGGUCUGGGAACAUCUUCCUUUCCAUCGUUUUUCUAAGUAUCUGCCGUGGGGACAAGUACAAAUCCUUCAGCAGGUCGGAUGUGAAGUUUGAGCACCUGACCAUUGACCCAGAGACCGGCAACGUCUACAUCGGGGCCGUGAACUUCCUGUUCCAGCUGACCUCUGAGCUGACCGACCUGGUAGUGCAGCCAACGGGGCCGCAGAAUGACAGCAAGGAUUGCCUUCCGCCCGUCAACCCCAGCGACUGCCCGCACGCGAGGCUGACAGACAACCACAACAAGCUCCUCCUAACUAACCCCUACGGCGAUGAGCUGAUCACCUGCGGCAGCUUGUUUCAAGGAAUCUGUGAGAAAAGGAGUUUGGGAAACAUUAGCCGGGUCUUGUUUCGCCCGGAACGCCCGGUUGACACGCAGUACGUCGCUGCCAAUGACCCCAACGUCACUACAGUAGGGUUGGUCGGCCUGUCCAAAGGCAAGACAGCCGUCCUGUUUGUGGGCCGUGGUUACACCAGCAAAGGUGCCGGUGGGAUCCCUCCCAUUACCACCCGCAAUUUGGAGUUACAAAAUCCGCAGAGUCUGGAAUCUCACCCCAUUUUCUCCUACGAGGAUACAGCAAAGUUAGCAGUAGCUGGAAGGCUCUCUGAGUACAACCACCAUUUUGUCAAAUCUUUUAUUUACCAGUUUUCGGUGUAUUUCCUGUUCUACCGGAGGGACCUCAAGUCCUCAUCGAGAGAAUACAAAACCUACGUGUCGCGGAUCUGCUUGGGAGACAUGCACUACUACUCGUACGUGGAGGUACCGCUCGUCUGUCAGACUGCCGAGAAGAACUACAAUUUACUCCAGGCGGCCUAUGUUAGCUGGCCGGGGAAGGGCCUAGCGAAGGGGGCUCUCCAAACUAACGGGGAGGUCCUGUUCGCCACGUUCGCUGUUGGUCAGACAGCCACGGCAAAGGCAACGGAGGAGUCAGCACUUUGCAUUUACACCAUGAAUCAGAUUGAUCAGAUGAUCAACCAGACCAGAGACCAGUGUUACACCAAUUAUGGGAAGGUGGGCGAGAAGGCUGAGGCGGCCUACAUUGAGUAUGAAGUCAAGUCCAGCUGCAGUGGAUUAACUUCAGACACUCUUAAUGCAUACCCGUGUGGUUAUGACCACACUCCCAGCCCAAUGGCCAGCCGCAUUCCGAUAGAGGCCGCUCUGGUACUGAAGGUUGUGCAGGGACACCUGGUGGCAGUGGCAGUGACUGUGGAAAUGGAGCACACCAUCGUCUUCUUGGGAGAUGCCAAGGGCCGGUUGCACAAGGUUUUUGUGAAGCCCCCUGGAGAGGCAGAGCAAUAUGCGACAGUCACAAUCCAGCCCAACGCAGCAGUCAACAGCGACCUAGUAUUUGACCGUGAGCAGAAACAUCUUUACGUCACAACUCAGCUAAAGGUGUUGAAGCUUCCAGUGAGUGAGUGUUUUGCGUACACUGACUGUCAGUCCUGUCUAGUAGCGAGGGAUCCAUACUGUGGCUGGUGCAUACUUCAGGGCAGGUGCUGUCGGAGGUCAGAGUGCGAAAGGGCAGAGGAGGGUGUUCAGUGGCUCUGGAGCUAUGAGGAAGGCCAACAGUGUCUGAGUGUGCAGACUCUGAUCCCAGCUAAUAUCAGCAGACAGGAGCAAAAACAGGUAUUUGUGAAUGUCGCUGACUUGCCCGUUCUUGCCGAGGGUGAGUCUUACACCUGUCUGUUCGAUGAUUACUCCAGCCCUGCAGUCAUUACGGAGAGAGGUGUGGUGUGUUGGACCCCCAACGUCCAGCAACUUCCACCCACAAAACCAGGAACAGAUCAUGUGACUGUCAGAUUAAAAGUAAUGUUCUUUAACAUCAUACUGACAGCAGAGCGAUUCACCUUCUAUGACUGUGCUGCAGUCCAGCAGCUCUCCAGAAAUUUUCCGUGUCGUGGAUGUGUGAGCAGUCAAUGGGGUUGUAAUUGGUGCGUGCUUCAGCAUCACUGCACCCACAACACCACCUGUGAGGAUGAGGUGAUCAUUUUUAAUGAGAAUUUUGUACGACCCUACGUGGUACCUCCUACCCUUGCUACCAAGCCGCUUCGUGUCGACACUACUGUGCUUCCAGCCAUCACCCGCCUCACCACCACAGCUCUCUCAACAGGAGCUACAACCAUUCCUACCAUACUGCUCCACACAGAUACCAUGACGACUACCAGAACCACGACCACUACCACCUUGCCAACCACUGUGCCCUCCUCUGCUGUGGUGCUGACCAAUGCUACAGUCAAUCCGACUGGUCAGUCAACCACCGCGCCCACCAUGCCAGCUCCAACGACAGUGCCCACCACCCCAGACAUCACACCUGUUCCAACCACACAAUGGACUGCAGCCAGUCCGUCCUCAGGGGCUACUACUGUGUCUGAGAGCAGUACCCUGAACGCGACCACAACCGAGGGCGCAGCACCUACCCCUGGCCCAUCAGAGGAGGUCUUGACCACGGUCACGUCUGCGUCGCCACCCACGACACUCGAAGCUCUGUUGGAAACUAGCCCACUCACGACGGUUGCUCCUCCAACCAUCGAUGCUGCCAUUACAACCGCAUCAGCCUCUCCUUUCAACGGGACGGACGGUGCAACCCCCACCGUUGCCACGACUGCCCCCGCCGUUGAUCCCACGGAGCCCCCUGCCACUCGAUUGGCUGUGCCGACUGACCCCCGACCUGACCACCCGACCACCCUGCCCACUGUUUGGCCUGUAAAGGACGUUGGUGAGUGGAAGGAGCCAGAUGCUUGGGUAGACCCUGUGCAGGUUGAGAACGACACAGCCGUCUUCUCGGCUGCUGCUGCGCUGCUAUCAGGUGACGGAGAUGUUGAGAACCCUUCUCCUGCCUUUCUCCACCUGCUUGACACUGAGGUCGACUACCACUUUGAUCCUGACUCUCCAUCUUUCUCUGUACAGAACCACGAAGGGAUAGUUCAGGGUCCUGCAGACUGUCCCUGUGUCAAUAACAUUCAAGGAUCACCCCUUCUGCCUGUCAACACAGAGAGGAAAAUAACACUGGUGGGACGAAACUUGCACUUCUUCCAGGACCCUGAAGGGGAUUAUGAAUGUGUCUUUGUUAUCGAGAGUCAGACAGUGGUGGUGGAGGCAAUUGUUGAAGGGGACAUUAUUGAUCCCACGUUUUACUCGAUUACUUGUCAGGUGCACCAGUUUACCUAUGCCACAUUACAGCAAGAAUAUAAUGCAACAGUGUAUGUCCAACGGCGGCCCAAUUACAGAGUGGACAGCGGACAUGAUUUGCAUAUUACCCUGUAUAACUGUUCUGUGGAUCGAACAGACUGCAGCCGCUGUCAGACAGCAGAAACUAAGUACGCUUGUGUGUGGUGCGGGGGAGGGAAGCCCAGCUGUGUGUACGAAAAGUCCUGUGUAGACGGAGUGGAACAGACCUGUCCAGCCCCCUUCAUUCACUCGAUUGACCCAACGUCAGGGCUGCAGGAAGGUGGGACCAUGGUCACCAUCACGGGCUCAAACCUAGGCCAGCGAUUCGAGGACAUCCAGAACAUGGUGACGGUGGCUGGGAUCCCGUGUCGUGCUGAUCCUCUGAAGUACGAGGUCUCCACCAGGAUUGUAUGUUACACAGCAGCCAGUAAUGAGCAAGUAUCAGGCCAGGUCACAGUUGAAGUAGUAAAUGGAGGCAGUAGCAGCUCUGCACAGCCCUUCACUUAUCAGAACCCAGUGCUGGACUCUAUUUCACCGUCACGCGGCCCAAAAGCUGGAGGAACACAUCUUACUCUCAAAGGCGUCAAUUUGUUGACUGGCAGACCAAGUGAUGUCCGGGUGUUUGUUGGUGACCUUCCCUGUCUUAUUUCUGACAUUGAGGAUCACCGAGUCCAGUGUCUCACUACACCAAGCAACCAGACCGAUGAGCUGCCUAUCACAGUCAAGUAUGGUGAUAUUCCAAAGAGAUUGAACAAUGUCUUCUACAGCUACACAGAAAAUCCAAACAUCACCAGUGUGCGUCCCGACAAGAGCUUCUUAGGUGGUGGAAGAGUGAUCAGUAUAAAUGGGCAAAAUUUAGAUGCUGUGCAGACACCUCAAAUGAUGGUCCAGUUAAUCCCAAACCAACGAAGGCAGAGAUCGAUAUCUAAGCGACAGAGCCGGGUGAGAGAGAGAAAACGCAGAAUGAUGAAGGACAACAACACUGAAAGGCAUGCAGACAAGUUUACUGAAUUCUGUCAGGUGAAUUCCUCUUUCUUCAUGACUUGUAAGACACCGUCAAUCAAAGCCCCUACCAGCGAUGCUGACAUCACCGUGCACUUCCUCAUGGAUAACUUGUGCUUUGAUUUCAAUGAGAUCAGUCCAACAAAGUUCACAUACAAGCCUGACCCAAUCCUGAAGCCACUGAAUGCGGGUGACCCGUCAAAGCCAUACAGACACAAGCCAGGCAGUGUAUUGUCUGUUGAGGGGGAAAACCUGGACCUAGCGAUUACGAAGGAAGAGGUGGUUGCCAUGGUGGGUGAGGGGAUCUGUGUCGUGAGAACAUUGACUGCAAAUCACCUGUACUGUGAGCCCCCCUUGGAGCAGCCUGCAGCCCGAAGGCGGAGGAAGCGAGAAAGCCUGGACACUCUGCCAGAAUUUAUUGUGCAGAUGGGAAAGCUGCAUUUCAAGCUGGGAAAGAUCCGAUAUGAUGCCGAGAGCCAAUCCAAUUUCCCACUCGAGGCCCAGAUUGGACUUGGGGUGGGAGCCUCCAUCGUUGCGCUGAUCGUCCUGAUCAUUGUACUCAUCUACAGACGGAAAAGCAAGCAGGCCUUGAGAGACUACAAGAAAGUACAGAUCCAGUUGGAGAACCUGGAGACCAGCGUUCGUGAUCGAUGCAAGAAGGAGUUUACAGAUCUCAUGACUGAAAUGAUGGACCUGUCCAGUGAUCUGGUUGGAACUGGAAUUCCUUUUCUGGAUUACAAGACCUACGCCGAGCGGAUUUUUUUUCCAGGGCACAGGGAGUCACCUCUGCAACGGGAUCUGGAUGUCCCUGAAUCUCGACGCCAGACAGUGGAACAGGGCCUUGUGCAGCUUUCUAAUUUAUUAAACAGCAAGCUUUUCCUCACCAAGUUUAUACACACGCUGGAGAGCCAACGGACGUUUUCCCCACGGGAUCGUGCAUAUGUGGCAUCGCUGUUGACUGUCUCAUUGCAUGGGAAGCUGGAGUAUUAUACAGACAUCUUGAAAACGCUGCUGAACGAUCUGGUGGAGCAGAAUGUUGCCAAGAACCCGAAAUUGAUGCUGCGCAGAACAGAAACAGUGGUGGAGAAGUUGCUGACUAAUUGGAUGUCGAUCUGUCUGUACACAUUCCUUAGGGAUUCGGCAGGGGAAUCGCUCUACAUGCUAUUCCGAGCAAUCAAACACCAAGUGGAUAAAGGACCUGUUGAUGCUGUGUCAGGAAAGGCCAAGUAUACUCUUAAUGACAACAGACUACUCCGAGAGGACGUGGAAUACCGUACAUUGACCCUCAAUGUCCUGGUGCAAGGUGAGGAUGUACAGCCCUCGCCUGUGAAAGUUUUGGAUUGUGACACUAUCACCCAAGUCAAGGAGAAAAUCAUCGAUCAGAUCUACAAAGGAGUGACCUACUCACUUCGACCCCAUGUGGAAACACUCGACCUGGAAUGGAGAUCUGGGUUGGCUGGACAUCUUAUCCUUUCUGAUGAAGACUUGACCUCCGUUCUCCAGGGAAACUGGAAGCGCCUGAACACCUUACAGCAUUAUAAGGUUACCGAUGGGGCCACAGUUGCUCUUGUCCCACGCCUCAGCAAGCACAUUCACCAUGAGAAUCAUGAUUUUACUGCAGGAGAGAAGACUCCAAUGUUGGAAGAUGCAGAUGAAGGAGGGAUCAAAGUCUGGCACCUGGUCAAAGCCAGUGAAGAACCCGAACUCCCCAAACACAGAAGGGGCAGUCUGCGGGAGAGGGAGCGAGCCAAAGCCAUUCCUGAGAUCUACCUGACACGAUUGCUUUCCAUGAAGGGCACACUGCAGAAGUUUGUAGACGACCUCUUCCAGGUGAUUCUCAGCACAAGUCGGCCUGUCCCUCUUGCUGUCAAAUAUUUUUUCGAUCUCCUGGAUGAACAAGCAGUACACCAUGGGAUUACCGAUACAGAAACUAUUCACAUCUGGAAAACAAACAGUCUGCCUCUUCGUUUCUGGAUAAACAUUAUUAAAAAUCCGCACUUCACCUUUGACGUUCAGGUGUCGGAUAAUGUGGAUGCCAUGCUCUCAGUCAUUGCGCAGACCUUCAUGGAUUCCUGCACUAUAGCAGAACAUAAACUAGGCCGGGAUUCUCCAAUUAACAAACUGCUGUAUGCCAGGGACAUCCCUCGAUACAAACAGAUGGUGGAGAGGUACUAUGCAGAUAUUCGACAGACAAUCUCAGCUAGUGACCAGGAAAUGAACUCUGCUUUAGCUGAGCUGUCCAGGAAUUACUCCAGCGACAUGAACUCCCUUGUGGCUCUUCAUGAACUCUAUAAAUACAUCAACAAGUACUAUGACCAGAUCAUUACAGCACUAGAAGAGGAUCCAACAGCACAGAAGAUGCAGCUUGGUUACCGGUUACAGCAGAUUGCUGCAUCAGUGGAAAACAAGGUCACAGACUUGUGACAGGAGGAACUACUGAGAAUGAUCUGAAGGAGAGUUGAGGCAUCUUUGCAUUGAUGCAAACAGAGGAGCAAUGAGACACUAUGAUCAGUGAACAGAGCUUGUUGGAUGCAGGAGUGCCUUACGGAAACAUGCUUCCUCUAUUACUUCAGCUAUGGGAAUGAAGGAAAGCAAACUCCUAUGAUGCAUCAAAUUAUGCAAAACAAUGAAAAGAGCCUCUUUACCCACUUCUAGGCCAUUUCCACUUGCUUCAAGCUCUCUUUUGGGAGUGUUCAUAUUGUAGACUAUUAAACAACUUAGAAAACAUCACAGAACAUGAAAAGCUUAAAGAGUCAGCAUAUCAAUGGACAAAUGAUGUUAAUAUUUUUUCCACAAGAGAGAUUUAAUUUUUUUUAAACUAAUCCUAUAAGAGAGGUUUUACUGUCCUACGUUGGAAGCUGCAAAGAUUGGGAAAUGGCACAGAUAUUGAGACGUUGAAGAGUCUAUACACUAAAUGGAUUGAGUUAAUUAGGUGCUUGGUUUCAAUAAAUGUAGGAUGGACAACAGCAAGCACUAUACACAGGAAAUUGACUGUUAAAGGUCCAGUCAAGCACUCCGUUCCUGAACAGAAGACCGAUAUCAAACAGGUCCUGUUAUUGGUAGGUUUCGAGAGUAUGCAGAAGUAAGAUUGUCAUCUGCCACUCGGUGAGUUUGAAAAGCCCUGGGAGAGAAUUAAGCCAUUUAGAGGUGAAUGUUUGGAACUAUGUCACCGCCUCAAAGCACGUUAACAUCAUUGCAUAAUUGGUUUAAAUGUUCAUGUCUGUCAGAUAUACCAGUAUCUUUCAACAGACCAUUCCGCUUCCUUAAAUUCUGGCAGUGACCUGGACACAUAUUGCUCAAUACCAUCUAGUCCUUAGAAUACCUUGUGGUGAUGUUCUCUUUACCUUGAUAGGAAAGGAGAUUCUUAUUUGAUAUCUCAUUUUACAUCACUGCUAAUUGUCCACGCCAGAGUAUUAAAUGUUUGGCCAUUGUUUUGUGUCCAGCCAUUGAUGAAAAGCUGCAAAAACCCUCUGUGGAUAGAACCAAAUGGUUCCAACAAGUCAGGCCACUCAGCUAAGACUGGUACAAAUCAAUCCCAGUAGCAAAUAGCCUGGGAUUGUUGAGCAGCCUCAUUUCUUUUUGGUUAAAAGUUAUUUCCAAAGGACCAAUUAAUAUCAGAAACAUUUCUUCAAACUUCUUGACCUGCGAAGAUAAAUGGAAGAACAAUCGUUCUUAAAUUGUCAGUUUAUUCAUAGUAUCCCAUUAUACUGCUGUUAUCCUUUUGAUUAUGUGCAACUCUUUAAUGCCCAUUCUGACCCAUUGUAGAGAGGCCCAGGAGCCUGUUUUAUUUUUGUUGAAGGAGGGAGUAACUUUAAUAUCCACCAUAUGAAGUGACUGAUGUCACUUAAGCUUUGUGACCAUCAGAAGUCAGGUCCUGCAGAUCCUGGACCACUUGGAAUGACUUUUAAAAAUAUUUUAAUUUAAAAGAAGUUGUGAUACCUUUUUGAGGUUCAAGCAUCCAACAGACAGAAUUGAGUAAUGGAUGGGAAAUACGAAGGAUCUAUUGGUCUUACUGAUGGAUGGCAUAUGUUUAGUUUGUGGGACUUGGGAUGAAAUGCUGUUUUAAAUAUUGACUUACUCCAUAACAAUAGUAACCUGUUUUGAAGUAAGCUUCAUUAUCAUUUUAAUUUAUUAUAAAGUCUGAAAUAGUAUGCUUGCACAUCUGGUAUUGUAACAGCAGUGUUAUUCCCCUCGAGGGAAAUAAAACCUUCUAGAGUGAGGUCCACUGCGUGAAGAUGAUGGUCUCAAAGCAGAGUAUCAGAUGUUUUCGAACAUCAUUCCCUUGAAAAGAAGGAUCAUGAUUGUUCUUCCAUAUUGGGGUGUGUGCAGUAACAUCCUUUUACAGUACAGCCUGAGACAGGAUUUCAAUUUUGAUCUUGGAAUUCAGAAUUGUAUUUAAUUCUAAUCUUUUUAUAUCAUCUCAAUUCACAUACAUAUAGAUGAUGUUCAGUGCAAAUGUCUGAUCCACAAUAAAACUUUAUACAGAUUUUUGUCACGACUGCUUAGAAAUGUCUCUUAUGUCAUUGGACCCAUGUCAUUAAGAUGCAGCUGCACACCUCAAUAUGGCUGCAGUGGUGUUUGUUUGCCUGAAAAAUAUAUCUUCAAUGGGAAAUCUAGCUGAUAAUUACAGAUUUCUCUGCUGCAUUAUUUUUUAUCAGAUAAAUGCGGAGGCAGCAAGUUCACUUUGUUCAAACAUUUUAAAAAGCAUGAAUAGGUCCACUCUUAGAAUACCUGAAAUAAUACAUUCCAUCCCACGUGUUUGGAAUGUAAAAGUAAAGGGCUUUGAUGUCAGCCCAAACAACAUUUUGUGAUUAUUACAGAGCAAUAUGAUAAUGCACAAGCUGAUUACUAUUAGUCACUUUUCCCAGAAAGUCUUACUUGAACAUGAAGCAAUGAUGACACCAGAGGUGUUUUAAGUGAAAUUUCAGCAAUCUAAUGAUUGUAUUUGUGACUAAACCACUGAAAGAUUUUUUUUAAAAGAAAAGCUCACUUUCAAAACAUUUAUAUAAGCCCUUUUUGUUUUUAAACAAUAAUGUAUUUAUUUAAUUAGCAGGCAAAGCCUGAUUAAAUGAGGACACUGAUAGUUUUUGUUUUUUUGUUCUGUGAAGUUCUUGAUUUCUUUCUGAUCAUGAACCAGCACUUAGGUGUCUUCUACAGCCCAAGUUAUUCACAUGUUAAGGAAUCCAUGACACCAACAAUUUGGACUUGAACACAGCAACAAAUAUUGUGGAUCUCCAUAAUUAACUCAGUCAACAAUGUGGGAAAUGUUCCCAGCGGUCUAAAAUAUUCUUUGAAGUUAUAACUCAAUACUUUAUGUGAAAGUGAUUUAUACCAUUUACCUGCGUGGUGGAGAAUGCAAAUUCUCAUGCAACUUUAAAAAUUUCAAACAAAACUACAAGUUUUGUUUUAAAUAUUUGGACAAUUUGUAAAUAGAUAUCCAUCAGGAGAUCCAAUUUUCACAUUUUUGCUGCCAAGUUGAUCAAUUACUGGGUUUAUUUUUCAAUUUCGAAUUGAGAAAUUGACAUAUCUCUCAACUUUAUGUAGAGAUUAGAGGAGCUCAUCUUUGUAGUGCACUCUCUUUAAGAGCAUUGAUGUGGAGAUCAGAAAUAUCAGUACAAACAUUAGGCUAUCUUAACACCAUAAAGGUGGAUACCACAUGCAUUGAUUGGGCCUUAAGCAAACCUAUGUCUCCAUCAGCACUUUGCCUGCUGUAUAUCCCUCUUGAUUAUAGUGGUGAGAAGAAUCAUCUUAUAAUGAUGAGGUUUGGGAUUGGUUGGAGCAGGAGGAAGGUUAUGACUCGCAUGGAAACCAGUAGGAGAACGAUUGACAUCAAUAAACAUGUAUAAAAAUAAAGUCCAUUUGUGAUCUAAAUUUCCGAGUCACAACAUUGCUGUGAUGAUCUUAAUUUAUUCAGCGAGGUUCUCAAUGUGCGACUGAGCAUGCUAGAGUUGUGUUGCCUCAGCAUUUUUACUCAUCAAAGGGCUUGUCUUUGCUAAAUGUAUGGAAACCUGGCAAGUUCAAUAGAGUCAUGCUGGCAAUGGACUGUUGUAAUUUAGAUGACCAGAUCUUUAUGUACACCAGUCAUUAUCAGCAUAUUCAUUGUAGCAAUGCAGCUAAAAAUGUAUGUCAAUGGGAGAAAAAAUUACUUUCAAACAAACUUUGGAAAAAACCGUAUUGCCCUGAUUUUUUUUUCACCAGAGAGCCAUAAUGAUUGUUUGUUUUAUGCAAUUUUAUUUCAUUGCUGUUUAAACACAUAAUUCUCAUCUUUCUUAGCACUUCAUUCUUGAGACAAGACUUGUUGAUAGGAACUCCAUUAUCUACUCUAGAGAUAGGUCAAGGAAAUGAAAAGACAGCGUUACUGGAUUUCUACUUUACCUUUUUCUCCUUCUCUGCUUCAGCUAGAGUAUUGCAUUCACUUCUGGGAUCCACACUUUAGACAGGGUAUGAAGGAAUUAGGCUGCAGGAAAACUUCAGAAUGGUUCCAGGGAUGAGGAAUCUCAGUUGAAGAUAAAAUAAGUUAGAACCAUUUUCCUUUGUGUUGUUGGGGGAAACAGGGAGAGAAAAGAAUGUUGAGAGGAGAUUUGAUGGAGGUCUUCAAAAUCAUGAGUCUGGACAGAGUGGGAGAAACUUCCCAUUCAAGGGCAUCAAGAAUGAAAGGGCAAAGGAUUAAAGUAAUUAGUACAAGAGGCAAAAGCAAUGAGACAAAAUCUAUUUUCAUACAGAGAGGCUUAAGGUCUUGGGUGUAAUGGAGGCAGGUUCAAUUGAAGCAUUCAGACGAAAAUUGCACUAUCUGAAAAGGAAGAAUGUGCAGGAUUACAGGUUUCUGGAAGGCAGAGGAAAGGGACUAAGUGAAUUCAUCCUCAGCUAAUUCUCAUUCAGAGUGCCAGUGCUGGGGCGAUGGGAUGAAUGGCCUCCUUCUGUGUUGUAACAAUUCUGUGAUUUUCCUUUAUUCUGUUCUCUGGUUGACCAGAAACAUGUAAGCAAACAUGUUAUAACAUUUUAGAGCAGAAAUACCUUGCAUCGUUUUUCUUUUUAUCAAGGUGGCAAGAUGAUUUUUUUUUAUAUGCUACCGUACAUCGGGUAACUCAGAGGCAAUUUAAUUAUCUGCACUGUUAUCUUAUUUACAAAAAAAAAGUGAGUUAACUGCUGUUCUAUAAUAACUGUUAGCAUUUUUGUUAAAGUUAAAUAGCUAAACAAAUGCUUCCCAAACUUUUUCGUCACUGUGACCCCAUUUUCAGGUUUGAAAGUUGUUCUGACCCUAUGAUUAGAAGUAAGUGUGUGGUUUGGGGGGUGCGUUGGAAGACUUGUGCCAGUAGGAGCUGGCAGUUCAACUAUUACUGCCUCAGAGCUCAUAACCCAACUCCCUCUUUGAGGACCCCUUGUCUAAAUUAUUGGUCAUCUUAUUAGAAUUUGUAAACGUUGUAUUUUUCCAACUCCGUUUUAAAGCUUUUCUUUAUUAGAUUGGAUUCCCUGCAGUAUGGAAACAGGCCCUUCGGCCCAAUAAGUCCACACUGACUCUCUGAAGAGUAACCCACCCAGACCCAUUCUCCUACCCUAUAUCUGCCCCUGACUAAUGCACCUAACACUAUGGGCAAUUUAGUAUGGCCAAUUCACCUGAUCUACACAUCUUUGGACUGUGGGAGGAAAUCGAAGCACCUGGAAAAAACGCCAGUGGAUAUGGGAAAAAUAUGCAAUCUCCACAUUGACAGUUGCCUGAGGCAGGAAUCAAACCUGGAUCCCUGGCGCUGUGAGGCAGCCGUGCUAACCACUGAACCAAUGUGCCACUCCUAAUGUUUUUAAUUUCUAUGGCUCUGUUUUUUAAACAGACCUUGGAUUAAGAAACAAUAGGAUGACAUGUACAGAUUAAGCUCAAAUUCUUUAUAAAUUUGCAAUAACUGAAUACUAUGAUUGAGAUGGAAAAAUCUAGAAUUUCAAAAAACUUCCAAAGCUCCUCUCUUUAAAAUUGAUCUCAGUUUUCUUCCCUAUGUGCCCAAACUUUUUGCAUUACUUCAUAAUGUUUGAUAUGACC